GCUGGGUCUGCUAGUAGGGCUUUAGAGGGCUAAGCUGUCCCUUUCUCUCAAAAAGUCCCAAGCUGCUUCUGGUGCAGAAUAUUGGUCUUUAACUGUUGUCCUUUAAAUUCUUGGAAAGUAGAAAAAUCUUGUCAUGGGCCCUUUUUUUAAACCAAAGUUGGUAGGGCCUCACCCCCUCCAUCCAAACCUCGAGUGUGCGGCCUGGGUCGAAGGCAUCAAAUAGACGGGCGAUUAAUUUAGCGACUCGGCAGUAUCCCCUUGAUGCUUCUUUUUGGAGUUUUUCCUGAGGGUUCUUAUCCAAUAUUUCAAUUACCUAGCAGUUUUCAUUGCUAAGAAAACCUAAAUGUAUGUGCAAAUAAAACUUCCAAUCAGUAAGUAGAUUUUUCCAAGCCACUACACUUGUAAGUACUAGUGUCCCUUAUUCAGAAGCAACUUCCCUUAUCUGAGCCUCAGUUUACCUCCUACAGAAAGAGCAUGAUUGACCCUAUCACACAGGGUCAUGGUAGGGAUUUGUUGAGAUCCUGCUGCUGAAAAAAGGAUCACUUUUAGAGUCCUCGGAAUGGUAGUAUCUCAGCACAAGCACCAUGACGACCCUGGAUGAUAAGUUGCUGGGAGAGAAGCUGCAGUACUAUUACAGCAGCAGUGAGGACGAGGACAGCGACCGUGAGGACAAGGAUGAAGGCAGGGGUGCCCUGGCCGGCAGUUCGCUGCCUGCAGACGCUGAGUUGGCAGGCGAAGGCAUCUCAGUGAACACAGGUCCAAAGGGGGUGAUCAAUGACUGGCGCCGCUUCAAGCAGUUGGAGACAGAGCAAAGGGAGGAGCAGUGUCGGGAGAUGGAAAGGCUGAUCAAGAAGCUCUCAAUGACCUGCAGGUCCCAUCUGGACGAGGAGGAGGAGCAACAGAAACAGAAGGACCUCCAGGAAAAGAUCAGUGGGAAGAUGGCCCUGAAGGAGUUUGCCAUGAUGAACGAGGACCAAGACGAUGAAGAGUUUCUGCAGCAGUACCGGCGGCAGAGAAUGGAAGAGAUGCGGCAGCAGCUUCACAAGGGGCCGCAGUUCAGGCAGGUGUUUGAGAUCCCCAGUGGGGAAGGGUUUUUGGACAUGAUUGAUAAAGAACAGAAAAGCACCCUCAUCAUGGUCCAUAUCUACGAGGACGGCCUCCCAGGGACCGACGCCAUGCAUGGUUGCAUGGUCUGCCUUGCCGCCGAGUACCCAGCUGUCAAAUUCUGCCGUGUGAAGAGCUCCGUUAUCGGGGCCAGCAGUCGGUUCACCAGGAAUGCCCUUCCCGCCCUGCUCAUCUACAAGGGGGGCGAACUGAUUGGUAAUUUUGUUCGAGUCACUGACCAGCUGGGUGAAGAUUUCUUUGCUGUGGACCUUGAAGCUUUUCUACAGGAAUUUGGAUUGCUCCCAGAUAAGGAAGUCUUGGUGCUGACGUCUGUGCGUAACUCUGCCACAUGUCACAGUGAGGACAGCGAUUUGGAAAUAGAUUGAACUGAUAAUCUACUGGCAUAGAUUUCUCAUUGUUUGGGCUGGAAGACAUAGUCUCUGUGUUUAUUUUUAUUCCUUCCUGUGUCUCCAGGCUUUGCAGCAGUUCUUUGUAGUCCCUUUUAUUAUACGUAAAGUAAGAAAUUCUUACAUUCAAUCAGAAUGCCGAAUCACCUUGUGACUAGCAAUAAAGUGACUUAAAAAUUGUAUAAACAGGAAGGCAAGCUUUUGAACGGUUUACUUCAGAUCCUCCAGCGUGACAUCUUGUUGUUUCGAGUCAAUAUUUACAUAACAUCCUAUUGACAGUGCCUGGAAAUUGUCUAAAGAUGAUCUCAGAGGCCACUGCCAGUCCGGGAGUAUAAUUCUAUAGAUAGUGUGUUAUUUGCAACAUAAAUAGUGCAUUUCCUUCAUCAAAUGAUUGUAAGUUAUAUUUAAUUGUAAUCAGAUUCAUAGUUCAAGAACGCAGUUAAAAUUUUCCCUCCAGAAACCUGUUUGCUAUUGGGGGUCUUACUUUAAGGUUCCAGAUGAUGUGCAUUUGCCCCAUCAAGAAGGGUGGUCUCUGCUGAUGGAGUCAAUAUGUCCCUCAAGCACUGAGUCUAGAGUAGGAGGAAGGAUCCAUCCUGAGCGCCCUGUUGGUGCUGGAAGACCAGCUACGGAUGAGGCCUGGGGAGCUGGAAAGCCUUGUUAAAGGAGGACCUCUCAGUGAUGCACUCCUGCUCAAUCCUUUUCUGUCUCUUCUGUUUAACAAAGAAUUUGUUUAUUGUGGAUUUUUAAACAACUUUUCUUUCAGGGUGCUUUCUUUGUUGACAUAGAAAUCUUGUUGUUGAACAAUGGGAUCAUUCUGAACGUACUAUUUAUGGUAUGGUCAGCCAGUGUAGCAUACUUUUUUUCAUGUUAUUAAAUACUCCUACAAUAUUUUUUAAGUGGCUGUGAAUAUUUCAUUGUAUGGAUAUGCCGUAAUUUGCUCGUUGAUUGUCCCUUAAAAAGAAAAAUAGCACAGACUUUUUGUUACAAAAGUAAUAGAUGUUCAUUGUAGAAAGUGUUAUAAAAAUUAAGUGAAAAAGAGAUUUAAAAAGCCUUAUAAUUCUAUCAACCAAAAAUAAUCCCUGUUACCAUUUUUACAGUUAUCUUUCUAGUCUUUCUGAAUAUGUAUAAUAAUGAUUGUCACUUGUGUUUUUUCCUGUUUUUCCCCCCCUGAAGGUCAGGGAAAAUGUAACUUGGAAUUAAAUAUUACCUUUAAAAAUCACAGUUUAGCUUUUCCUGGCUGUUUAGGAAUUGACUAACUUAUACAAUGGGCCUUGAAAAUAUCUGUUGUAGUUAAUCAACAGAAAAGAAAGUGCUUGGUUUUUCUCACUAAAAAACUCAUUGUAAAAGUGUGGAAAGUACAAAAAAUUAUUAAAAUCAGAGACAAUUGUUGUCAAUGUUUUACUAGUUUAUUUCCUUUUUCAUUGUUUUUAAUAACAUUGAG